AUGCCCGAACUCACGAAUGAUCCAGAAAAAGCCGUGUCAACAGGCACGCCAAUGGCGCCCGAAGCUGCCGUUUCGCAACCACUAAGCACAUUGAGCAAGACUGAGACUAGAGCGUCCGAAAUGUUCGACAGUAUACCCGUGUGGCGCAAAUACAUCAUCGUCUUCGCAACGAGUUGGACGACCCUCGCUGCAUGUUUCUCGAGCACUUCGCUCCUCAGCGCAAGCACGGAGAUAGCAGCGGAUCUACACACCACUCCGGAGGUUGUUAGUCUCUCAACAGCGGGCUUGAUAUUCGCUAUUGGGUUGAGCGCAUUGGUAUGGAGCCCUAUAGCUGCGAUUGUAGGACGAAAGUUAGCGUACAAUGCUUGUCUUGCUGUGUUGUUUAGCUUAACUAUUGGUGCUGCUGUCGCACCGAAUAUGCCUGUAUUUGUCACUAUGCGUGUUUUGUCGGGCUUCCAAGGUUGCUAUUUCCAUGUCGCUGGUCAGACUAUCAUCGCAGAGUACUUUCCUCCCAUUCAACGUGGUACUGCGAACGGCUUCUUCCUAGCUGGAACAGUCCUAGGACCACCCCUCGGUCCCCUAGUAGCGGGCGUCAUGAUGACCUACUCGAGUUGGCGCAGCGUUCUGUGGCUCCAAGUCGCAAUGAUCGGCCUCGCUUUCAUUCUCGCGCUGUUCUUCGUGCCAGCGAGCAGGACGGAUGCACCAGUGCUCACGUUGAACUUGCGAGGCCGAGCUGCGCUGGCUCAGUUCAACCCAACGCCAGUCUUCAAGCAGAUGACCUAUCCGAAUAUUAUAUUCACAGUACGUUGA